AUGAUGACGUCGACAAGUGUGGCGAUACUGCCGGCUCCAGACCCCUGCAAUGUUCGGCCCGCGAGCGUUGCAGACACAUUGGUCGCUGCGCCGCAUAGAGCCGAGUCGCCGAGGAAGACUACACUGGAGGACAGCAUCGUGGGCUUUGCACCCGUGUACAGCGCGGGUGCACCCCAGACCGCUGCGGCGGCGGCCCAGGUCGGAGCAUGCGGUCCCGACCCAGGCGUAGCCCUGCGUCGACCCUAG